UUCUACCAUCGGAUCCAUCCAGUCCAGACUCCACAACUCGAUCGAUCUCGCGUUGGCCGGCAGCAUGGCGCUCCGCCGCUCGAAGCCCUUCCUGGCGGCGUUCCCGCUCAUCGACGCCGCCAUCGAGGGCGCCGACGCUGCCGGCGUCCUCUCCCGCGACGAGUUCCGGAGCGCCAGGGCCAGGAUCGUCGAGCUGCUCUGCGACGCCGCGGACGACGAUGGCAAGGUGGAAGGAUUCUGCGAGCUGCUGGACGAGGCCAUGGCGGGGUCGCUCGCCACGCUGCGGGCCGUGCCCCUAGAGAAGAUCGAGCUGGCGUCCGGCGAUCUGGUCGGCGCCGUCGGCGCGCUGAUCAAGGACCACCCGUCGGAGCGGGUCCGCGGGUUCGCGCGCGACGUCGUGCGCGGGUGGAGGGCGGGCGUCAAGGCCGAGCUCGCCAGGGCCAGGGCCGCCAUGGACGUGCUGCUGGACGGCCUCUCAUCAUCUACUCCGCCGCCACCGGUCAAGGACCACUCGGCGCCCGCCGCCAACUCCGACACGAAGACGAAGAAGGAAGGGAAGAUACCGGAGGAGCAGCCUCGUGCAAGGAAGACACCCGCCGCCAUCACCAGCAGCCAUCCUAGCACUAGCACGGCGGAGUCCAAGAAGGGGGCUCCGAUCGCCAGCGCCAGCAAAGCCAGGCCGUCAGCGAACAUGGGAGCUCCAGCCGUUGUCCCUGCGCAGCCGAAGAAGACGCUGCCCGCCGUCGUCAGCAGCGUGGCCGAGUUGGAGAGGAAGAUGGAGACCACGAAGCGUAAGCUCCACGAGCGGUACCAGGAGGCCGAGAACGCGAAGCGGCAGCGCAAGAUACAGUGGAUCGAGCCACCACGACAACCGCCGCCGGGGAUGAAGAAGGGCCAAAUGCCGCGCAACGCGCACCCGGCACGCUGCGCGGCGGUGAAUUGCUUCGUCAAGUCAAGCUCGCUUGGGAUGAGGGUUUAGUUAGGGUUCUUCUGCAUUUAUCGAUCCUGACCAUGAAACUAGAGAGUUGCAUCUGCAAAGUUGUGUAGGCUAUGCUUUUCUCAGGAUGUGAUCGUCGUCAGGGAAUUGACAU